AUGUGUGUGCAGGAAGACAGGAUCUUAUUGGCCCACGUGGCAAGGCAUGGCACAAAGAAGUGGAGGCAUAUCAAGUCCAUGGGUCUGCUCCCCACGCGAAACCACAAGGCGUGCUGUUACCGCUUCAUCGUUCUUACGAGGAAGUUCUCGAGGCUGCAUCAGCUCCCUGGAGCCCCAAACCCGGGUGCAGAGGCGGUUUUUGAAGCGCCUGAGGAAUCGUCGAGGUUUCUACUCACAAAAGUCCCAGACUUGGCUGCAGAAACGAUUUUCAAGGCGCCUACAGGAUCGCCGUCGACAUUGCGUCAACUCACAGGAGCCUCAGAAAUGGGUGCAGAGGCGACAAUCCCAAUGACAUCGGCAAAAGAUAUGGCGAUGAUGAUCAUGCAGAGGACAUCAAAAGAAAGGGAAGACCCGUCGAGGUUGCUUCAUCAGCUUAUGGGAGACUCAGGAAUGGCUGCAGAGGCGACAGCCCCAAUGCCGAUGGCAUCGGCAAAGGAUAUGGCGAUGAUGAUUAUGCAGAGGACAUUGAAAGAAAGGGAAGAUUUGUCAAGAUUGCAUCAGCUCACAGGAGACUCAGGAAUGGCUGCAGAGGCGACAAUCCCGAUGUUCAUGGCGUCAAUAAAGGAUAUGCCGAUGAUGAAAAGGCAGAGGGCGUUGAAAGAGCGAGCUGACUGCGACCCUCUCAGCUCUUCAUCAUUCUCCGACUAUCAGGUCGAAGAUGCACGCAGGAGGAGCGCUGCACAGGAACUGCUGGAAUCAGGUCCUGAGGAGUUGACGGAGGCAACUCAGAAUCUUUGCGAGGGAAUUGCUGAAGAACUGCUACUAGAAUCAGGUUCUGAGGCGCAUCAGAGUGUCUACAGAAGCGUUGCUGAGGAGCGGUUUGACUUAGCUACACCUGACUUUCAACCUGGAGCAACGGUUCUGGCAACCAACAGAGGAAAUGUGGAGGAGGAGGAGGAGGAGGAGGAGGAGGAGGAGGAGGAGGAGGAGGAGGAGGAGGAGGAGGAGGAGGAGGAGGAGGAGGAGGAGGAGGAGGAGGAGGAGGAGGAGGAGGAGGAGGAGGAGGAGGAGGAGGAGGCGGCAGAUGCAGCAGCAGGUCUUGUUUCAGAAGAAGCAUUGGAUUCUGCAACGAAUGAGGCAGCACAGGAGAGGAUGCUUGGAAUCACAACUCCAGCAGUAGCAGCAGCCACCGUCACCAUUGCAUGUGCUCCCUCAUCACCCAUUUUGGAAUUGAAUGUAAUCGAAACAUUCCUGCUGGGUGAAAUGCCUCAGCAGCAGCAGCAGCAGCAGCCGGAAAGGGUUUUCAACGCCAGCAGCAGUAUACAGGGUGAAUCGGUCUGGGCACCUGACCAGGAUGUUGCGUGUGCUACAGGAGUCAAUACAUGUGCCACCCCUGCUGGCCAGCCUGGCAUUGACAACUACCAAUGCUGCAGCGUGAAUUGGGAUGGCACUGCAGUUCUUUCCCCCUUGGCUGAUUCGUUUCCUCCUGCUCCCGGUGCAGGAGCAGCACAGGAACUGCUUCCCCCUGCUGCUGUGCCUCCUGAUGUGGUUGAUCUGGUUUUUGAGAAUUCUCAAAAACCAGCAGGAGCAGCACAGGAACCGCUCCCUCCUGCUGCUGUACCUUCUGAUAUGGUUGAGCCUGGCUGUGCCGUCGUGGCAUUGGCUGAUAAUUCCGAUUGGCUCGCUGCAGCUGAUAAUGCUAUCGCAUCGUUCCUUAUCGAGGCUGAGCUGAUCAGAAUCAAUAAAGUUCUGCUGCAGACCGCAGAAUCAGCACCGCACUCCACUCCUCUGUCUUCCUCCCCUGGCAGUUCGCUAGCAGCUAUCCAGGACCAAGGCUCCCAAAGGCUAUCAUCCCAAUUAACCCAGUCAGCCCACCCUAACCACUCAAGCUUCCAUCUGAACCCCAUGGAAGUUACUGUUCUUACUGCCACUGAAUUACUACCAGCAAUGCCGUCUACUGUUAGCAUGUCAGCGCCCUCUCUGCUCUCAUCUCAGUUAACCCACCCCGACCACUCAAACUACCGUGCAAACCCCUUGCAAGUUGCCACUCCUACUGCCACUGCGCAAGCACCAGUGCCGUCUACUGUCAGCAUGUCAGCGCCCUCUCUGCUCUCAUCUCAGUUAACCCACCCUAACCCCUCAAACUUCCAUGCAAACCCCUUGCAAGUUGCCACUCCUACUGCCACUGCGCAAGCACCAAUGCCGUCUACUGUCAGCAUGUCAACGCCCUCUCUGCUCUCACCAGUGCCUUCAUAUGCUGCUGCUACGCCUCCCUCCGUUGACCCUUUUGCUACUUUUCCGUCCGUUGCUGCUGCUCCUCCCGCUGUCACUCCUGCUCCUGCAUCUGCUGCUGCUGUGUAUUCUCUGGGGUGCAUCCCUUUUCCAGAACCCAGGGGCAGAGAGGCUGUGAGCAGAGAGGCUGUUGCUGUCGAUUCUCUGGGGUGCAUAUUUCUACCAGAACCCAGGAGCAGUGAGGCUGUGAGCAUGGAGGGGUGUUUGAAACCAGACGAGCUGUUUGAAGCGUGGUGCAACGGAUCCUUCACCCGAGUACUUCACGGCUUCUAG